ACAUCGGUGUCAGUCUGCAAUCACCAAGGCCUUCAAACACUCUCAUCAAAAAAGAAUUUAUCCAUCGUUCAGUCCCAGUGUAACAUGACCGUAGACGUACAGACUGUGUCUAAACCCGGGAGAGGAGCACUGCAGGCGCAGAUACUAGCACACUCUCAGUUUCACGUGCAACAUGCAUCCCGCUGCUCUGAUUGUCACCUUGACCGUCCUCGUGGGCGGUGUGCGGCCUCAGAAGGGCGAAGACUGGCAUGACAUCCGGUUGGUGGGGGCGCGAAGUCCGUACAAGGGGCGUAUCGAGGUCAAGGUGAACGGCAGUUGGGGUAGCAUCUGUGACGACGACUGGUCCAUCUAUGAUGCCGUGGUGGCGUGUCGUCAGCUGGGCUUCACCGGUAACGCAGAGGCACAACCUGGGGGUACGUACGGCGAGGGGACCGGUCCAGUCUUCCACAGCAACCUCAAAUGUACGGGCGUCGAGUCCAGCUUGUCCGACUGUCCAGGGCAGCAUGAUCCUGCGGCCAUCGACUGUUCUCACCAAGAAGACGCUGGUCUCACCUGCACUGCCCCUCAACCCAUGUUCACAGCCAGCAACUGCAGCGCUAACCAGUUCCUGUGUCGGCGGAAGAAUACAUGCGUGCCGCGGAGGUGGAUGUGUGAUGGGGACAAUGACUGUGGCGACCACACGGAUGAGUCCGAUGUCAUCUGCGCAUCUCCGACCGACCUGCUGCUCAGCGUCCACAGUGUACGUCUGGCCGAUGGAAACACGCCCUCUAGCGGGCGAGUGGAACUCUUCUACUCUGGACUUUGGGGUACCGUCUGUGACGACAACUUCGACUUGAAAGCUGCGACUGUUGUGUGCAGGCAGCUGGGCUACAGGGGUGCCGAGUCGUACAACACACGAAGCCCGGGCCGCGGCCCGAUAUGGUUAGACCAGGUCAUGUGUCGAGGUACAGAGACGUCCGUCGUCAGCUGCUCCAGGAACCCAUUUGGGUCACACGACUGCAGCCACAACGAAGACGUGAGCGUCGUCUGUGAAGACAACAGCACUUCCCCCCUGGCCAGUACACCUGUACUCACACCGACCAGGUCGGCUAAAGUGUGCGGAACGUCAGUAUUUGCCACGACGCUGUUUGACGUACCAGCUGGUCACGUGACUAGGAAGGGGGCGUGGCCAUGGCAAGCGUCACUGCGCGAGGAAACAGACUACGGCCAAACACAUCACGCAUGUAGCGGUGCCCUCAUCUCUCCGCAGUGGGUCCUCACCGCCGCACAGUGCUUGAGCAGGAAUCCCACCCCGGCGUCUUGGCGUGUCCGGCUCGGGGAGUAUGACAUCAAUGUGUGGGAACGCAGGGAACAGGAUCUGUCCGUCUCCAGGGUGUAUAUUCAUAGCGACACCAACAGUCAACGUCAUGGGAGCGACCUUGCUCUUGUCAAACUGCAACAUCCCGUCAGCCUGAACAGCGACUACAUCAACACCAUCUGUCUCCCUGACGACGAUGAUGAAGAAGUCGACCCUAAGGACCGAUGUGUCUCCACAGGUUGGGGGAAACGAGGUGGGCGAGGUCACGUGGUCCUCCAGGAGGAACAGACGCAAGUAGAAAGCAGCUUGAUAUGCCAGGGUUGGUUCCAUGAGAAUGUUGGCCCGGGGCUCAUGUGCGCUGCCUCUAAAACUGGAGACAAGAGGAGCGAGUGUCAGGCCGACUCCGGCGCACCGUUCGUAUGUUUCCGGGCCGGUAGAUGGCGACUGUUUGGACUGGCUUCGUGGGGGACCGGAUGUGAGCAGCCUGACGAGCCCCGCCUGUACACUCGCGUCAAGUCCUACCUGGCGUGGAUCGCGCGUGUGAUUGAAACAGACACAAGGGGAAGGAGCGAUAAACUAUAUACGUCUGCUGAUAAGAACGCCACUCCCGACAUGUUGGUGGGAAGAAUAUCUCCCUAUCUCUUAUCAUGGCGUUCCUCGUCGCCAGCAUAUGACCGCGAAAGUCUACUGGAGUCGACGCUGAUGGACAUAUUAACUCUACUACUGCUGGCCCAACUGACCACGUCGUCAACAGGCUUCUUGCUGGAAUGUCCAGGCAACGAGGUAAAGUGUGGACAGUCGGGGCGAUGUGUGCCCGGCGUCAACGUCUGUGAUGGCAAAAAAGACUGUGCAGACGGCGAGGAUGAGCAUAGUUGUCCCGUGACGGUUGUGUCGGGUUGCGGCGACCCGGGCAUAUACUCCACCCCUCGCGGCGUCCUGCACAGCAUCAGCUACCCGGCUGAUUACAACAACAACGCCGACUGCACGUGGGACCUGUACUCUCCGAUUGGCUCCCAUCUGGAGUUUUUCUUCACCGGCGUCUUCAGCCUUGAACCUGAUCCCCAUGGAUACUGUCGCUAUGACUACGUGACGAUACGCGACGUCACAAACAGUAAACCCAUAGGUCAGUACUGCGGCAACACCCGACCCCGCAACAUCACCGUGGACGGAACGCACGUGCGAGUGGAGUUCCACAGCGACAACUCCCAUACCUUCAAAGGUUUCCAGCUCACGUGGCAACGUGUUCAGUCAGGUGCAACAACUACCCCGACGGUGGAUAUAUUACUACCCCCAGGGCAUGGCAACACAUCGUCAUGCGCUCACGACGUCGUCCUCACCUCACACUCUGGUUACAUCCUCUCCCCCGACUUCAGCCUCAACCACAACUACCCGGCGCAGCUACACUGUGCCUGGACCAUCUCAGCAGAACACGGAGCAAUCAUUGUUCUGGACUUCAUGUACUUUGAGGUGGAGUUCACUUCUCUUUGCAGCGCCGAUGCUGUGACUGUGUACGACGGCGUGGACGACAAUAGCACCGUCAUCAGUGUGCUGUGCGGGAAGACGCUGCCGGGAGAGCUACUCUCCUCAUCGAAUCACCUUCACGUGACCUUUAACACGGACAAGGGCGUUGAAGGUCACGGAUUCAAGAUCAAAUACACUGUCAUCGGCAAGGAUACGACGACGUCUCCCGUACCUACGACGCCACCACCCGGAUGUAGGGGCACGACGUUGUUAGUGACAGGCAGUCAGGGCGGGGUUCUCACAUCCCCCUGGUUUGAUGGCGCCGAGUCCUAUGUCCCCCAUCUCGACUGCCGCUGGGUGAUACAAGCACCCCCAGGGCAGGCGGUUACAAUACACUUCAACAAGUUCGAGGUGGAACUCUCAGCCAACUGCAGUUACGACGCCCUUGUCAUAUACGACGGAGAAAACACAACCUCGAGCAUCUUGGGUAAUUUGUGCGGGAUCCGUAAACCGCAUGAUCUGACGUCUAGCGGAAGUGACGUAUUGCUGACCUUCACCUCUGAUGAUGCAGUUGGAGGGAUUGGAUUCAACCUUACUUAUACUGUCCAUGAUCCUAUACCAACGUGUUCCCCGACCGACUUUACCUGCUCCGACGGCUCCUGCGUACCCAACACCGUGGUCUGUGAUGGCAAGCCGGACUGCAACGACGGGAGCGAGGAACUCGUGUGUGCGAACAGUCCCACCUGUGGCCUACCAGUUAUCUCCCCUGAUUUGGAUUCCCAUCGUAUCGUCGGCGGAAAGGCGGCAGUUGCGGGAAGUUGGCCGUGGCAGACGUCGGUGCAGGAGAAGAGCGUUCAUCAGUGUGGCGGGAGCAUUAUCCACCCUCUGUGGGUCCUCACGGCGGCCCAUUGUUUUGAAAGUACGGAUGACGCAAGUGAAUGGACCGUGGUUGCCGGGCGACAGCGUCUACAAGGUAACGAGUCAACAGAACAGAUACGUCAAGCGGAUGGUAUUUACGUCAACUUCGACUACGACAUCAUCACCUCAGCCUCUGACAUCGCCCUCAUCAAACUGGACGCACCAUUCAACAUGACUUCCCACGUGCAGCCCGUGUGUCUUCCACUCCAAGCAGCACGUGCUGGGACCAUGUGCUACGUCACCGGUUGGGGAGAAACACGGAACACAUGCUGUGAGACGGAGUUGAAACAGGCUGCUGUCCCUGUGUUACCGACGUCCACGUGCAACAAACCUGACUGGUACCACAACGAGAUCUUGGACGACAUGUUAUGCGCCGGCUACGCAAAUGGCGGCAUCGACGGCUGCAAGGGGGAUUCUGGCGGACCUCUAGUGUGCUACCAGGCCGGCAGGUGGCAGCAGCAGGGGAUCACGUCGUGGGGGGUCGGCUGUGCAGAUGCCAAGAGCCCGGGUGUGUAUGCCCGUGUCUAUAACUACAUGAGGUGGAUUCAGGAGACAAUAGCCUCUCAUGUCUCCAGCUGAUCUCUAGCUGAUGUCCAGCCUCGUUCUGAAAGGCGAUCUUAGCACUCCGACUGUUUGACCAUAUUUCAGCCUAGACUUACAGCAGUCAUUGUGCAAACGUCCCUAAUUAAAGGCAAGGGUGAACAUGUUCGUGUUUGUGACAUCGCAACUUUUACAAGAGUAUAAAUCAAACCUGCUCUCCUUUCCUCAAGAAUGGAUCUUUCCAAAGGUAUUAAAGCUUUCAAAAUAAACUAACAAAUCGAAA